AUAGUCACACAUACGCUCGUUCAAGCCAGCUGUUACAUUUUCAAUAAUGCCGAGUUCGUUUUAUUUCAUUAUAACUCGGACAUACUUGGAACGAAUUUAGUGAAACCCUCCACUUGCACGAUGCAAAGGGUCCCGUUGACAGUGGGACAGAACUGAACAUGAUCAUGAAGAUUGAGGACACCUGUCUUGGCAGUUUAUACGUUGUGUGCUCCAGAAGCUAAUGCACAAGCAACACUCGCUAAACGGUGCUAUAUUCGGAAAACUGCUUUGCUAAGACAAGCCACACAGUGAGUGACGCAACACCUGGACAGAUUGACUGUCCCCACCGCCACUAUGGGUGAAAAGGUUGAGGUGUCGAAGGCGAUGACGUAUGGAACGACGGAAAAGUCGGGGGGUGAUGUCCAGUCCCAGCCAACCAAAGCACAAGGGAAACUGACACUGCGACUUCUGAUGUCCAUAUUUGCUGCUGCUAUGGGCUCGUUCCAGUUCGGCUACAACACCGGUGUCAUCAACGCUCCUGAAGCGAGGAUCAAGGAGUUUAUGAACGCCACAUCCAUAGCACGUGACGGUCAGGAGAUGGACGUGGACACUCAGACCAACCUGUUCGCUGUCCUGGUUGCAGCCUUUGCUAUCGGCGGCGCCGUCGGGGGUCUGUUAGCGGGACUGUGGGCCGACUCCUUUGGCAGAAAGAAGGGCUCCAUGAUUAACGCCUUGAUUGGAGUUGGAGCUGCUGCACUGUUGUACUUCGGCAGAAUGGCGGAAACCUACGAGAUGAUCAUUGUGGGGAGGCUGGUCGUGGGAUUCAACUGUGGUCUCUACACGGCUCUGGCACCUAUCUACCUGAGCGAGAUCGCGUCAGUUGACAUCAGAGGAGCUCUGGGUGUGUUGCAUCAGCUAUUUGUCGUUUCCGGUAUUCUAAUCUCGCAAAUUCUCGGCUUCCCCGAGAUAUUAGGAAACAACGCAUACUGGGACGUUCUCUUGGGCUUGACGGCAACACCCUGUGUCCUGCAGCUGAUAGUCAUGCCGUUCUGCCCGGAGAGUCCACGAUAUCUGCUGAUCUCAAAAGGCCAAGAACUUGCUGCACAAACAGUGCUGCGGUCGCUUCGCGGAAUCGAUGACGUAGAUGGAGAGAUAUCGGAGAUGAGAAUCGAGGCUGAACAAGCUCAAAGCGAGGCUAAAGUUAGCGUUAUCAGGCUGUUCAAGAAGCGAUCUCUGCGCAUGCCCCUUGUCAUCAGUAUCGUCAUGCACCUCUCGCAGCAACUCUCAGGAAUUGUCGCGAUAUUCUACUAUUCCGGGAAUCUCUACAAAGGGGCGGGGCUAGAUGAAUCCACCGCCACACACGCCACGAGCGGGGUGGGAGCGGUCAUGGUUGUCAUGACACUGGUGACGAUUCCACUCAUGGACCGGGUUGGUCGACGAACUCUACAUCUGAUUGGUCUAGGCGGAAUGGCCGUGUCUAGCAUAUUAAUUACAGUGUGCCUCUCGCUUUUGGACCGGGUAGAGUGGUUUAAAGUGGCAAGUAUCGCUGUGUCUCUCCUGUUCGUCGUCUUCUUCGCCUUAGGGCCAGGUUCCAUACCCUGGUUGAUAGUAGCAGAGUUGUUCUCUCAGGGACCGAGAUCAUCUGCCAUCAGCGUGUCUGUCCUCGUCAACUGGGUGGCCAACUUCUGUGUUGGGUAUGCCUUUCCCCAAAUGCAGAAAGGACUGAUGAGCUAUUCCUUCGUACCCUUCACAGUUUUGAUCAUACUUUUCUGGAUAUUCGUAUUCAUGUUCCUACCAGAAACGAAAGGCAGAACAAUUGAAGAAAUCUCAUCCAUAUGGCGAAAAGACGAAGACAAGGGAGAUAAGUCUAGAUCGGGGAGCUACUUAGUAUCCUACCAGAAGAACCCCAACAAUCUAUAAAGGAUGAACUCUUGGCAUCCAUCAGUCUUGAAUAAUGACUCCACGACAUUAGCGUAGCAUCAGCCUUUGCUACGACGAUGAACAUCAAGAGUUUCUGCAACAGAAUCUACAGCUGUGUGUAAACUGAAGGGUUCACACGUUUGCUAUAGUAAGCGAUCCACAAGUUCCCAGACACUAUAUAUAUAUAUAACAAAACCAGAUACGAAAGAAACAUCACAUGGUACGGUGACAGUUAUCCAUAGAAACGAACAUUUCAACUUUUCCGGACCAACAAAUUCAGUAGUGAAGUGUCGGAGAAGUGCAAUGUUUUGACGAUAUGAUCACCUGGAUUUAACUACCGUCGAUUGGCCAGUACGGACCUUCAACGAGGAACCUUUAUCAGAUUUUUUCCUUGUGUAAAAGACAAUGGAAAUUAGCUUCAGUUUGGAUGUAUGAUAUAUAUGUAUUACACCAGGCGUGUAUAUCUUGUUCGCGGCAUAUAUCUUCCCAGAGCAUAUAUCAAUAUCCAUUUGAUGGCAGGGCGGAAUUUCGUAAUGAUUAUUAGUUUUGUCAGUUUUAUGAAUAUGUUGUAUCGCUGAAGGUUUUAUAACGUAAUACCUGUAAAUCAGGUAUGUGUGAUUACGUUCCAUACCAUAACAAUUGUUUUGUCGAGUGCACAUCUAAAAUUUACUUACAUUAGAUGAUGCCUUUUAUUGGUCCUCAUAACCCAUGCUUGUCGUAAGAGGCGACUAACGGGAUCGGGUGGUCAGGCUCGCUGACUUGGUUGACACAUGUCAUCGUAUCCUAACUUCGUAGAUCGAUGCUCAUGCUGUUGAUCACUGGUCCAGACUCGAUUAUUUACAGACCGUCGUCAUAUAGCUGGAAUAGUGUGGCGUUAAAUAACAACCAACCAUCCAUCCAACCAACCAACCAACCAACCAACCACCAUGGUUACACUGGUGAAAAUGGUCACAUACAUAUAUGCCUGGCGUAAAAACGUUUGGGUGGUCAGGCCCGGUUAAUGUUCAUUGACAUGAGAAAUGCUCGACAUCGAACCCUAAAGGAUGAAUUGAAGCUCCUAAUAGUAAUCAAAGACUGUACAGGUCGUCGUCAGAUGGCGGGAGGGGAUCCGAGCGUUUUGCCAGCACUCAAAACACGACAAAGUUACUUUUUAGGAUGAAAUUUCAAGAUUUCAAAGAGCGUCAUGCAGUUGUUGAUCAAACCACCUCAGGACUAUUUUCAUAUUGAUUCUACCAUGUUUUUCUUGUGUGGAUAAUUGACUUGACUUUGCGUGUGUUGUAACGGGUUUUACCAUGGUUCCGGCAACAACUGGCAGCGUCAGUGUUUGUGAUUUAUAUAACAUCCUUAUGAUGUAGUCGGGAUGGUUUAUGCAGACUUUUAUAUUGAGUGAUCACGUACCUCUCCAGACAUCCCAUGUAUCCCUCCAUGAUAUUCAACGUCUCACUCCGUUUCAUUUCCUUUUAUGUAUCACAAGAACAGGAUGGUUGCAUGUAUUCAUGUUCGUUAUCGGAAAAUCCCUUUUUGUAUUUUUUUACUAGUAUUUCAUUUUGUUGUGAAUAUUGUAAUAUAUUUUCUCUAAUAUACAUGUACACCUUUCUCUAAUAACAAAAAUAGAUUUGUAACAACAUUACGGAAUAAAAUUGAUAUGCCAA